AAGAAGAAGAAGAACCUUUGGACCCUGACGUCACCAAUUUAACAACAGCAGCUCUUCCCCUUCGAGACGCUUCGCCAUAACAACGCCUUCCUCUCGGUUUUAUCCCGGUUUGCCGUCGUAAAAGAAAUGCAGCCGAGAAAGCAACACGUUCUGCUCCUCUGGUUGCUUUUCUACUCCAGCAUGGCGGAGGCGCUGGAACCCAUUAGCACCACUAUCGCAGUAGGAAUGGCUGCGGCUCUCACGGGAAUUUUAGCGAGAUACCAGAACAUUUUCUACUACUUCCACGAGUGUUGCCGACCCGAGUGGAUAUCAUUCAAUAUAACAAGGCUCAAGACGGAUCUGGACAACAAGCUGUUCGGACAGCACAUCGCGUCUCGCAUCAUCUUAAAAGCCGUGAACGGCUUCAUGAGCAACGCGAACCCGAAGAAGCCCCUGGUGCUCUCUCUCCACGGGUGGACCGGCACCGGGAAGAACUUUGUGAGCCAGCUCAUCGCCGAAAGCGUUUUCGCCGAAGGAAUGCAGAGCCGCUUCGUCCACGUGUUCACGUCCACGCUUCACUUCCCGCACGCGGACCACAUAGCCACCUACAAGUCUCAGUUGCAGCAGUGGGUCAGAGGCAAUGUGACCAACUGUGAGCGCUCCAUGUUCAUCUUUGACGAGAUGGACAAGAUGCACCCGGGCCUGAUUGACAGCAUCAAGCCAUACCUGGACUACUAUGAGAAGCUGGACGGGGUUUCUUAUCGGAAAUCCAUCUUCAUCUUCCUCAGCAACGCAGGAGGAGACGGCAUCAUCCAGACGGCCCUGGAGUUCUGGAAAGCGGGAAAAAAUCGAGAAGAGAUCGAGCUCAAAGACCUGGAAACGACACUCUCGCUGUCCGUGUUCAACAACAACAAAAGCGGCUUCUUUCGUACAAGUUUGAUCGACAAGAACCUGGUGGACUUCUUCGUUCCCUUCCUGCCUCUGGAGUACCAGCACGUGGUACAGUGCGCCAUGGCCGAGAUGGAGGCCAGAAAGCUCACACCGAACCCCGACGUGGCGGACAAGGUGGCCAGGGAUUUGGUCUACUUCCCCAAAUCCGAGCGAGUGUUCUCCGUCAAAGGCUGCAAGACGAUAGAGAGCAAACUGGACUUCUACACAUAGAUGUGCGCAUCUGAAGGACAUGAAAAUGAGUCACUAAGUGCACUUUUUUUUUAAGAAAAAGAACUUUGCAGCCAAAAUGACUAGAGACAGGAAGCCAAUCUGGCUGAAGAGAGCUAAGUGACGGUUUCUCUGUCUGACCUUGUGGCCAUCAUGCCAUCAGGAGCCCUUCUCACUUUCACUCAGCGCCAGCCGGAUGAAAUAUUCAAGCGGUCGGAGCGAUUUGUCGCUUGCUAAAGAGCUUAAUCUCCGCUUUUAUGUCGCCAGUCUCGGACGGUUGUGUCUGCUUGCAAAAACUCUUAAAUAUCGAUGUCUUCUUGUCAGGGAAACCCGUUUCCCUUUGGAGCCGUUCUCCGUCGUGUUCUUGAUGUGAACGGACUGCCUUAAAUCUUUAUCUCAGUUUCUAGUAGAAUCAACAGCGGUUCAUUUACCUCAAUAAACGAGCAGCUGGAGGUGUAGGUGAGGUGAAAACAAGAAGUCUCUUUUUUUAAAAAAGAAAAAACUAAAAAACUUAAAUCUAGUGUUUUUUAUUCUGCACUGUUAAACCUCACUGCACUGCAAAGAUUACACAAGAGAAAUGAAGUGUUGUAACGUGAUUUGUAUUUGAGAAACUCAGAAUGGUCGUCAGUUCUGAUCGUCUGAAUGGAAACGGUUUCGGUUGGCGUUUCCCAAUCGAAGCGUUACAUUGCGUGUAGCAUACAGUGAUUCUCAAAAGCGAGCGCUCGCUUCUGAAAACGUCAGGUUUUUGUUACGCAAAGAAAACGAGACCAUGACAAAUCGCUUUAAAACAUUUUCACAUGUAAUGUUGGGGAUAAAUUUAUCGUUACGACAACAUAAUGCAGUGUAGUCAUUUUUAAAAGGUAAAGGUUUUAGGGAAUUAACUUAGACAUUGACCUGGAGCCAUUUUGUAAUAAAUCCCUGCUAAGAUGGACAUUUAUUUCAUUUUUCCAACACUCAGACAGAUAAUUUUUGUUUUCAGUAAACCACAAGCUGAAAGACCUUAACACUUUAUUUAUUUUAUUUUUAUUUUUUUACUUAAACACAUAUCGCAUAAUUUUGUACAACUCUUAACACAGAUCAGCUGAAAAAUAAAUAAAUCAUUUGGAAAGCAUUAGCUUAGCUUCAGUAGCCUAGUUUUAUAAACUAUUAAUUUAAACAUCUGGGCAUCUUUCAUCCAGCAUUUCAACUUGCAACAGUUCUCCAAGUCUAUUUCAUGAGGCGAUUUACAGUUGAUGUUUGUUCUGAACUUUAGCUUGGCCAUGACAAAAUAUCAUUGCAAUAUCAGUACGUGCAAAAUCAAAAUUAGCGGUGCACCGACAAAUUGGCUGGCCAACAAAUCAACCCUGAUUUCUUUUGUUCGGCAAUCGGCCGUCACGUACAUAAAUCCACCGAUCUUAUCUAUCCCCGCAAAAGUCUGAAAAUUAUGUUUCGUCAUCCUAUUGCUGCCAACUUGGUGUCUUUGUUGCUGUAUUUAGUGACUUUAUAGACAAAAAAAAAAAAAAAGCCAAAAUUGGAAUCGGCAGGUCAUUCAUUUAAAAAAUUGGUCAGUGAUCGGCCAAAAAACUGCAAUCGGUGCACUCCUAAUUGAAAUGGCAAAAAUCUGCCUUAGACACAAUAUUUGCUCUUGGUGUUUUUGAUGUAUUUGACCAACAGGAUGCUCUUAAUAUUUACAACUGAUGUAUAGUUUUAGUGGCUGAGCUGCCCAUGGAGGACGAUAAAAUAAAAUUUGGGGUAAUAAUUAAUGUUGCUGGAAUUUUCGGCAAAUCAUAGAUUUUUCUGGUAUUGUGCAGACCUAGUGUUUACUCGCAUAGAGUGAAUGAUGAAAUUGAAUCUACCACAUUUUAAGUUUAAGGUUAUUCAGAAUUAUUAAACUGCAUAAAACCUUUUCAACUGUUUUUUCUUUUUCCUUUAGUUGACUUGUACAGAAUAAAUGUUACAUUAACGUUGGAAAAAGUUUAGAUGAUUCCUCAUUGUUUCAGUGCUAUAGGGGCAUCUAUUCUUUUUUUGUAGCUACUGUAUUCCACCUGUUAAGCAGCGGGAUGAAGUACACGCUCUGUUGGUUGUACAAGUGUUAAGAAGAAAGCAAACAUUUGCAGUACGACUGCUACUGUUUACCUCUGAAUGUGAACGUAAGUUUCUGCUGUGACACACCACCAAGAAAUCAUUCAGAUCACAGCUAAUAAUAAUAAUAAAAAAAAUGUUUUUGAA